AUGGCUGCUUUGGCAGACCGAGUGUGUAAUUUUUGUAUGAGCAGUGACUCUCAAAAUUUGAUCGAUUUAACCGACCAGGAAUUGACGACAAAGAUCGUGCGAGUAUUUUACUUCGACGCACUUCCUUCAAAAGCAUGCGGUCUCAUUUGUGGGAUGUGCAAAAUGAUCAUCGAGGAGUUCUACUGGUUCGCGGAACAGGUAGCAAGGAAUCAGGCACAAUUAGGAGCAAAACCUGUAGCAAUCGCUGAACCGAAUCAAUCCAACGAUUCUCCCAAGAGGGUACCUCUGGAUUCAUCGGUAGACAGUCUGCACCCAAACGAAGCUCCCAUAACAAUCGAGCUAGUAAAUGAUGCAGACCAAAUCUGGAUGCUUGACGAACGAACGGAACACGAGAGCCACCAUGACGAAUCCGAACGCGAACAAACACCAGAUCCUCCGGAGACACCAGCGCCAAAGCAUGUCGAGGAUGCAAAUAAUCGAAACAAAUUAUCCGACUGCGUUAGCGAAAGGGCAUCAGUUUGUCACACGAGCGAGAGUAAAGGUCUUAUAAAAAUCGAAACUACUAGCAGUGAAUCCAGCAAACCCACUGUCGAUCAGCUGGUCUUGCAGCACUAUGAACUUUCCUGCGAUCUAUGCUCGAUGCCAUUAGCCGAUUUCAGCGACCUUCGGAAGCACUACAAGGUCGUGCACAACGUGCCCGGCUAUCUGCGGUGCUGUAAUAGGACAAUCUACAAAAAGUGCUGGAUGAUUGAGCACCUGCAGCUGCACCUGAAUCCGAAUGCGUUCCGGUGCGACCAGUGUGGGAAAAGCUACUCCUCCAGCAAGGUACUGAAAGAGCACGCGAAGGAAGUGCACGCCCCAGAAGCAGACCGCCCAUUUCACUGUGCCAACUGCCUCAAAGCAUUCGUUUCUAAGGCGCAUCUUAAUGCUCACAUUAUGGUGGCACACGGUUCAGUAUCUUGUCCGCAGUGCGAUAAGGUGCUGGCCAGCCAGGGUUCGCUCCGGAAGCACCUGGUAGCGGUACACGGUGAUGGAGAGAAGCACGUGUGUGAGGUAUGCGCCCGAGUCUUCCGCUCGAAGCAGUGCUUCGAAACUCACCGGAAGGAUCACCAGGGUCGGCGCAUGGAAAGCAAAGUCCAGUGUGAGUUAUGCGCGGUCUGGUUGAUGGAUAAAUACUGCCUUAAGAAGCAUAUACGCCGCAUGCAUACGCAACCGGACGGUGUGCAAGUGACAUGCGAAACAUGUGGGAAGUUGGUCCGAAACCAGGAUGCUCUCAGUUCCCAUAUGCGCCGUGCACACAGUGAAAGCCGCUUCGAGUGUGAGCGAUGCCACAAGCGCUUCAAACGUCCUCAUCACAUGAGGGAACAUAUUGCUAUUUAUCAUACCGGCGAGGAAUUGUACAGCUGCCAAUACUGCUCGGAACGGUUCGUUACCAAAAACAAACAAUAUUUCCAUCGUAAAACAACACACCCACAGGAGUACCAACAAGAACUGAAAAAACGCAUUCAUAAAGAAUAGAACCGAACU